AUGCCUAUUCCCGUUCCCAAGGGCGAGCACCUCCAGGACCUCUUCAGCCUUAAGGGCAAGGUCGUCGUCAUCACCGGUGCCUCCGGUGCCCGCGGCAUGGGCAUUGAGGCCGCCCGUGGCUGCGCUGAGAUGGGUGCCGACCUCGCCAUCACCUACUCCUCUCGCCCCGAGGGCGGCGAGAAGAACGCCAAGGAGCUGGCUGAGGCCUACGGUGUCAAGGUCAAGGCCUACAAGUGCGACGUCGGCAACUGGGAGAGCGUGUCAGAGCUCGUCAACAACGUUAUUAAGGAGUUCGGCAAGAUCGAUGCCUUCAUCGCCAACGCCGGCCGCACUGCCAACAGCGGUAUCCUUGAUGGUUCCGUCUCUGACUGGGCCGAAGUCAUCCAGACCGAUUUGACUGGUACCUUCCACUGCGCCAAGGCCGUCGGCGCUCACUUCAAGGAGCGCGGCACUGGCAGCUUCGUCAUUACCUCUUCUAUGUCCGGCCACAUCGCCAACUUCCCCCAGGAGCAGACCUCCUACAACGUCGCCAAGGCUGGCUGCAUCCACAUGGCCCGUUCGCUCGCCAACGAGUGGCGCGACUUUGCCCGUGUCAACAGCAUUUCUCCCGGAUACAUCGACACUGGUUUGUCGGACUUUGUGGAGAAGGACGUUCAGGACCUGUGGAACUCCAUGAUCCCCAUGGGCCGCAAUGGUCAGGCUAAGGAGCUGAAGGGUGCCUAUGUCUACCUUGUCAGCGAUGCUAGCUCUUACAUGACUGGUGCCGAUCUCCUCAUUGAUGGCGGUUACUGCGUGCGGUAA